AUGUCUCCGCGCCUUUCGUCAACACCUAUUUCCAUUGUGCCUUCCGCGUCUGAAGUCAAAGCUGGAGAGCUCAAUCAACGCAACCUCGAGAUCGCUACCAGAGCGCUCUCUCGCGAUGGCCUCGUGGUGUUGGAAGACAUGAUUGACCAUGCAGUCUUGGACCGGUUGAACAAGAAGAUGGUCCAGGAUGCACUCGAAUUGCAGGGAAGAAAGGACAGCCCCUUCAACUAUAACAAAGGAAACAUUCAACAAGAUCCGCCCAUGACCCAGGAGUGGUUCAGUGACGAAAUCUACGCCAAUCCCAUCGUGACGCAAGUCACUUCAACCACGCUUGGGCCUAGGCCUUCAUUGCGCUUCAUUUCUGGCAACACCGCACUACCACCAACUGCGUCAUCGCCACCAGCCUCGCAGCCGAUCCACAAUGAUGCAGAUUUUGAUCACCCCUCAAUCCCUUUCGCCCUCGUGGUAAACGUUCCUCUCGUGACCAUGACGCCAGAGAACGGCUCCACAGAGAUCUGGCUCGGUACACACCAAGGCACCACUAUUGCCGAUCAAGAAGGCGAACAUGGCGAUCGUGCCAGCGGAAGGAUCAAGCAGCAUUUGCUCGAUGCUCGUCGCGAGGUUCGGCCACCCACUCAGCCGGUCGUAAAGAAAGGUAGCAUGAUCGUUCGCGAUCUGAGACUCUGGCACGGAGGGAAGCCCAACCUGAGCGAAGAUCCGAGAGUUAUGCUCGCGAUGAUACACUUCGCGCCAUGGUAUCGAAAUUCGAUGGAAGUCGAACUGGCGGAAGAGCUUGCUGAACGCUUGUCGCCCGAAAAAACUGGUCUGCAGACCGCGGCCACGUACGUUUCGAGUGAGCAACUGCUCAAAAAUUAUCUGAAUAGGCCAUUUGGCAAUGCGUACGAUUUUGAUCAGACAGAGAAGAUUGACGAUGUCUUCUGA